AUGGCGGGAGCUGUGGGGGUUGCAGGACGGGAGCGAGGAGACGGAGGAUGGGGGUUUGGCGAAGACUUUGGGCAGCAAGUGGACUUAACAGGACGAAUAAGAGAGAUCCUGGUGAACUAUCCACCUGGAGCAACAAUCCUCAAAGAGUUCAUACAGAAUGCCGACGAUGCCGGAGCUCAGCAAAUCAAGAUCUGUCUGGAUGAACGGAGCUUCCCCUCUAGCUCUCUGGCAGAUCCGAAACUUGGACAGUUUCAACAAUCAUCUCUACUCGUUUACAAUGAUGCUGUCUUCUCCGAUGAAGACUUCGACAGUAUCCAGAGGAUUGGUCAGUCGUCGAAACAAGCUCAUCCAACCAAAACGGGGCGGUUUGGCAUAGGCUUCAACUCAUGUUACCACUUGACUGAGCUUCCUACAUUCCUGUCAAGGUCGUCGAUUGUGAUGUUUGAUCCCCAAGCGAAAUAUCUACCCAACGUGAACCCGGCAAAUCCAGGUAAAAGGAUCAACUUUCUGUCAGAAGAGAUUCAACGAAACUACCCCGAUCAGAUAGCUCCUUACUUUAAUUUUGGAGCUCGAUCUGACAAAGCCUUCAAUGGGACACUCUUUAGGCUCCCUUUGCGAACUUCGGAGCAGGCUAGCCAUAGUCGGCUAUCAAGUCAUCAUUGCAGCCCGAGUGAGCUCAGACUUGUCCUUGAGGAAUUUUACGAGGACUGUGCACACACGUUGCUGUUUUUGAAAAGCGUCCACUCGAUUGAAUGUCUGCAUUACCCUGCUGAUGCCAAAGAACCUGCUACACUCUGGAAGGUGUGUAUAGACAACAUGGAUGAAAAGCUCAGGCAGGGCAGGAGAGCAAUAGCACAAUCAGUCAUCUCAUCAAGGGCAAAAUUCAAGUCUGGUUCUUUGGAAUACAGCGAUGUGGCAUCCGAUUACCUGGUCAAGAUUCUGAGUAAGAACGCUCUGAGGGCAACUCAAAAAUCGGAAACCUGGCUCGUAUGUUCGUCUUGCACAAGCAGUAGGACCAAAGUAGGGAAAAUGGCGAGUGAUCCAGCAUGCAUCAAGAUGAAGCUUGUUCCUUGGGGCGGUGUAGCUGCCCUCAUCUCCAGAGAUGGCUCUGGCAUGAUCAAGGUCAAGGGCAAGGCGUUCUGCUUCCUCCCCCUCCCUGCCGAAACCGACCUGCCGCUGCACGUGAAUGGGUACUUCGAGCUCUCGUCUAACCGCAGGGACAUCUGGCGAGGAGACGACAUGACAGGGGAGGGGAAGAUCCGCGCGGACUGGAACACGGCGUUGGUGGAGGACGUGAUUGCGCCAACGUAUGCGCGGUUGCUUCUGCACUUGACGGGGAGGGUGAAGGGCGAGAGCUUGGAGAGCUACUACAGCAUGUGGCCGAGCACGCAGGUUGGAGAGCCGUGGGCGUCGCUAUCGCGGAGGGUGUACGGGGAGUGUGCUGUGCAUGCGGUAUUGUACAGCCGUGUAGGAGGAGGCAAAUGGGUUACCCCAAUGGAAGCUCGCUGUCUUUCUGAAAACUGUCAAUAUCGGGAAGCAGUCUCUGAAGCUUUAUUGGCAGAAAAGGAGAACGUGGUUGAGAAUGUUCCGUCAGAUAUCAUGAACGGCUUUUCCACGAUAAACGCUCCACUUUUUUCUGUGAACCCUCGUUGGACAAGGGAAGUCUUCAUUGGGUCUGAAAAGACUUUUUGGCCUUCUCCGCAAGUUUUAGAGGUUUUAACCUAUUGCCUGUCGGACAUUACGAUAUCCAAACAUACCAAUGAUUCGUCUAUUUACAAGUCCUUGGUAGGAAUUCCACUGAUUCCAACUGCUGAUGGUCGCUGCACCAGACUAGGAAGCUCCAAGGAUAAGCCCAUCUUCGUCGGAACCGCCGAGGAGGUAGCCCUGCUGCACUCGAUGAAGGCAUCGCUUGUAGAUCCCGUAGCGCCGGAGGAGAUCCUGGCGCACAUGAGGAGCGAGGCGAUGGGAGCUUACACCAACGUCAAGGUCCUGACGCCUGGACUGGUCAGCGCGUGCUUAGAGCGGGUGCUGCCGGACGGGUGGCGGGGGCUGGAGGAGGUGCGAUGGCGGGCAGGAGAGGACGGACAGCCGACCAAGGCUUGGCUGAAGGCGUUCUGGAGCUACGCGAGGGACGAGGAGGUGCUGGGGAGCUUUGGCGACUGGCCGCUCAUCCCUACGCAAGAGGAGAGCCUUUGCCGGGUGUCGAGCAAGGACUGCAGGGUGGUGGACGGGGCGAGCACGAUGGGGGAGGGGAUGAAGCACCUUCUGUCGAAGCUGGGGUGCCGGAUGCUUGACCGGGAGUACAUCAGUCGACCAGAUGCUGUACGGGGGUACGUACAGAGCGCGUCGUUGCAAGGGGUGAUGACUGCGGCUCUGUCGGGGAACGGAGGGUCGGUGGAGCUUCUGUGCGAGCGGGUAUCAGGGCUGUCAGGGAGCGAGAAGCGGGAGCUGAGGGCGUACUGUCUGCAGCAGCGCUGGUUCCAAGCGGGAGAGGAGGGGGACGGGAAGGGACGGCUGGUGGUGAUCUUGCCCGUGCACGAGGUGUACGGGAGGGACACGAGCUUCGUAGGGAUCAGCUGGCAGCAGCUUCCGCCGGGGGGGAUACCGGAGAGACUGCUGACGUCAGACUAUCUGAGAGCGGACGAGGCGGAGUCGCGGGUGUACAGCUUGAUAGGGAUCAAGACGGCGAAGCUACACGAGUUCUACAGCGAGGGGGUGUUUCCACGGCUGCGAGAGAUGGAGCUUGAGGUGUGCGAGGAGAGCGUACACCACAUGCUGGCGAACCUGCCUCAGAUAUGCCGAGAGGACAAGAGGUUCUGGGAGAGGCUGCGGGAUCUGGAGUUUAUACCGACGGCCAGCGGGAAGCUGGCGAGGGCGCAGGAUCUGUACGAUCCAAGCGUGGAGGAGCUCCAGGAUCUACUGGAGGGCGGGGAGUUUUAUCCAGCGAAGUCUUUCACGAAGCCGGAGCUUAUCGGAAUCUUGCUGCGACUGGGGCUACGGACGUCGCUAGAUCGCACUGGGGUUGUAAGGAUAGCUGAAUCUAUCGCUGUGGAUCGCGAUGUUGAGAAUCGUCGCUCCAAGGCAUUUCUUCGAUUUUUGAAUGGUAAUCUUAAGAAAUUAGUUUCAAAGACUUCGGCAUCAGUGGGGACAAUGGCGUCCUUGGGUAUUCAAUCUAUCUUUAACUCUUUUGUGUCUCAGUCCCAGGCGGGGGAGAAGUUGGGGAAGAGUUCUUCUGAAAUAUCGAUCGAGACUUUCCGAGAACGGCUUUCUAGUUUGAAUUGGGUUCCGGUGUUGGUUCACAGUCCACAUCAACUGCUUCCAUGGACUGACGAUCGAUCGCCACUUGCAUGCCCAUCGGACGUAAGACCAAAAGCAGAUCUUUGCUUGAUUUCUUUUUAUAUGAGCAUCAUUGAUGGGGAAGUUACAUGCCCAGUGAUGCUUGAUUUCUUUUCAUGGAAUAAGGGACUUGAUGUUGAAUUGGUUGCUGCCCAAUUAGUCAAAUUUUCGGAAAUCAAGCAUUCGGAAGACAAUCCGGAGGCGCAAGCUCUAUUCAACUCCUCAAUUCAUAAGAUUUAUGAAACAUUACAGAACCGCAUUGACCAGGAAGACUUGUCUAAUGUAAAAGCUAUUCUGAAAAGCGCAUCUUGGAUUUGGCUGGGAGAUAGAUUUGUUGCUCCUUCACGAGUGGCCUUUCGUUGUACUCUUAAUGGCAAGCCAUUCCUCUGUGCACUGUCGUCUGAAUUGUUGCAAUUUUCACGAUUGUUUCGGGCAAUGGGCAUUAAGGAGUCUUUUGAUGGUAGGGACUACAUCAAUGCCUUACAAGAGAUGAAAACUAAGUAUCAACAGAGCCCUCUAUCUCCAGAAAUGUUGGAUAUUGCCGUUGCAAUGGUACAAUUUGUUGCUGAUGAUCGCUUCCAUUCCAGUGAAAUUGAGAUUUUUGCACCUGACAGCGAUAACGUUCUGAAACCUGCUACCUCUUUGACGUACAAUGAUGCUCCAUGGAUGGCGCCGAGUGCUAUCGCAGAUGAAAUCGAAUUUGUUCAUCCAAAGAUUUCCAUUGAAGUUGCCGACCGUGUCGGAGUAGCAUCAUUGAGAAAGCAACUGCUUUUUCAAACCUCAGAUCUGGUUGACCUCGGCUUACAGGAUUCCGAAUCAUUUGGCCAAAGCGAAUCUCUUACUGGACGUCUGAAGCAUAUCCUGGAAUUGUAUCCCGAGGGACCAGGGAUCAUGAAUGAAUUGAUACAGAAUGCAGAUGACGCUCAGGCUACUGAAUUCAGUAUCAUUGUGAACAAGUGCACCUACUCUACAUCUUCAUUGUUGUCACCUAGGAUGGCAUCCUGGCAAGGCCCAGCCAUUUAUUUUCACAAUAACUCUAUCUUCAGCCCAGAUGAUUUCAAAAAUAUCUGCAAGAUUGGGCAAGGCAGCAAACUUGAUUUUCUCAACAAGAUUGGCAGAUUUGGAUUAGGUUUCAAUGCAGUUUACCAUUUUACAGAUGUUCCUAGUUUUGUGAGUGGUGACUACCUCGUAUACUUCGACCCCCACACCAAGUAUCUUCCAGGUGCAAACAUUCAGCAUCCAGGAAUUCGCAUAAAAUUUACCAGGAACAAAGUGUUGGAUCAGUUCCCAGACCAAUUCAAGCCAUACCUGCUGUUAGGGUGUGACUUAACGAACAGGUAUGAAGGAACUCUCUUUCGAUUUCCACUUCGGACCGUGGAGGUUGCAAAACAGAGUGAGAUCAAAGGCCAGUCAUAUCUGUUGAAGGACUUGACUGACCUUGUCGAGAGAUUCAUGAGAAUCGGGUCAGAAGCACUCCUCUUCUUGAAAAACAUACGGCAUAUCAACGUCUAUGAGGUUGACGAUUCUGGAGAGAAUCUUUCAAGAAUAUGUUCUCUUCAAGCCUUUCCUUCCCCACUGACCGAUGCACAGUCUAUUUCGAGUAUUUCAGAUCUUCUUCAAAAAGGAAAUGUUUCUUCAAACAAUCGAGAGAGUCUGCACGAUCUCCUCAAAAGAUAUACUCCUGAAAACAAUCCAAAGGUUGAAUCCUGCAUCGAAAUUAGACAAUACAUUGGAGAUAACGAAGAGCAAAGAGAAGCCUGGUAUGUUCUUUCUUCCCUAGGAGGAGGAGCCGCGAGACAGCUCGCGAUUGACUCUUCCAAUACCUCACUAAAACUCGUUCCUUGGGGCGGUGUAGCUGCCCUCAUCUCCAGAGAUGGCUCUGGCAUGACCAAGGUCAAGGGCAAAGCGUUCUGCUUCCUUCCCCUCCCUGCCGAAACCGACCUGCCGCUGCACGUGAAUGGGUACUUCGAGCUCUCGUCUAACCGCAGGGACAUCUGGCGAGGAGACGACAUGACAGGGGAGGGGAAGAUCCGCGCGGACUGGAACACGGCGUUGGUGGAGGACGUGAUUGCGCCAACGUAUGCGCGGUUGCUUCUGCACUUGACGGGGAGGGUGAAGGGCGAGAGCUUGGAGAGCUACUACAGCAUGUGGCCGAGCACGCAGGUUGGAGAGCCGUGGGCGUCGCUAUCGCGGAGGGUGUACGGGGAGUGUGCUGGGCAUGCGGUACUGUACAGCCGUGUAGGAGGAGGCAAAUGGGUAUCUCCAAGCAAAGCAAGGUUCUUGAACACCAAUGAUGAGCUUGUCAAGGAGAUCGGAGAUAUACUGCUUUCAUUUGGUGAACCCGUUGUUGAUGUUCCUGAUUUCGUACUGAAAGGUUUCCGAUCUUCCGUAAAGAUAACAGAAAUUUGUCCAACGUUCUUCAGAUGGUUUUUAAGUCAAAGAGACAAGGAAGUCCUUGCAAACUUCGACCGAAACAAAAUUCUCAAUUGUCUGGCUUACUCAUUAUCAGACAUGAUACUUGGAAGUCCCAUUGACACAGAUGGUGGAGAAGCCUACAAAACCUUGAUUGGCAUCCCCAUCAUUCCAACUGCUGAUGGUCGCUGCACCAGACUAGGAAGCUCCAAGGAUAAGCCCAUCUUCGUCGGAACCGCCGAGGAGGUAGCCCUGCUGCACUCGAUGAAGGCGUCGCUGGUAGAUCCCGUAGCGCCGGAGGAGAUCCUGGCGCACAUGAGGAGCGAGGCGAUGGGAGCUUACACCAACGUCAAGGUCCUGAUGCCUGGACUGGUCAGCGCAUGCUUAGAGCGGGUGCUGCCGGACGGGUGGCGGGGGCUGGAGGAGGUACGAUGGCGGGCAGGAGAGGACGGACAGCCGACCAAGGCUUGGCUGAAGGCGUUCUGGAGCUACGCGAGGGACGAGGAGGUGCUGGGGAGCUUUGGCGACUGGCCGCUCAUCCCUACGCAAGAGGAGAGCCUUUGCCGGGUGUCGAGCAAGGACUGCAGGGUGGUGGACGGGGCGAGCACGAUGGGGGAGGGGAUGAAGCACCUUCUGUCGAAGCUGGGGUGCCGGAUGCUUGACCGGGAGUACAUCAGUCGACCAGAUGCUGUACGGGGGUACGUACAGAGCGCGUCGUUGCAAGGGGUGAUGACUGCGGCUCUGUCGGGGAACGGAGGGUCGGUGGAGCUUCUGUGCGAGCGGGUAUCAGGGCUGUCAGGGAGCGAGAAGCGGGAGCUGAGGGCGUACUGUCUGCAGCAGCGCUGGUUCCAAGCGGGAGAGGAGGGGGACGGGAAGGGACGGCUGGUGGUGAUCUUGCCCGUGCACGAGGUGUACGGGAGGGACACGAGCUUCGUAGGGAUCAGCUGGCAGCAGCUUCCGCCGGGGGGAAUACCGGAGAGACUGCUGACGUCAGACUAUCUGAGAGCGGACGAGGCAGAGUCGCGAGUGUACAGCUUGAUAGGGAUCAAGACGGCGAAGCUACACGAGUUCUACAGCGAGGGGGUGUUUCCACGGCUGCGAGAGAUGGAGCUUGAGGUGUGCGAGGAGAGCGUACACCACAUGCUGGCGAACCUGCCUCAGAUAUGCCGAGAGGACAAGAGGUUCUGGGAGAGGCUGCGGGAUCUGGAGUUUAUACCGACGGCCAGCGGGAAGCUGGCGAGGGCGCAGGAUCUGUACGAUCCAAGCGUGGAGGAGCUCCAGGAUCUACUGGAGGGCGGGGAGUUUUAUCCAGCGAAGUCUUUCACGAAGCCGGAGCUUAUCGGAAUCUUGCUGCGACUGGGGCUACGGACGUCGCUAGAUCGCACUGGGGUUCUUCAGGUUGCUUAUUCCAUAUCGUGCUCUGUAGGAGCUGGUGACGACAUGGAUGUUGAACAUCGGGCGAAAAAACUUAUUCAUUUUCUCUCGAAAUACAACUCUUUGAUAUGUGAAGUGGACGACUCGUGGGACAGUUUCAGGAACGAACUUCUUGAAUUGCGUUGGAUUCCAGUCUUGCAAGUCCCUCCCUCUCAGCAAAUUCCUUGGUUGUCCCAAGUCCCGGUGCUGGACUCCCCUCUGAAUUCAAGACCGUACAGAGACCUAGCUCUUGUCUCCUCAAGUGCGUCGAUCGCAUCGAUUGAGGAUUUCAGCCCCGAGCUAGAAGAAUUUAUGGGCUGGCAUCGUCCUAUUCCUUUAAGGGCUAUUGUAAGCCAACUGCUCGAGUAUGGGAAGAUCUUUCAAGACCAGAGUUUCAUAGAUCCAUUGAUGAACUCUACCGAGGCAUUCACACUUCCCGACCAGGUGAAAGUUGCAACUCUGCAAAUUUACGAUUUCCUCUGCAAGCGAGUGCAUGAAUGGGAGGGGAAUUUGAGUUCUGCGUUGAAGAAUCAGCCAACUCUUCUCUUGCCCUUGGGUUUUGUAUGCCCUGCAAGGGUUGCAUUUGAUUGCAAUGUGGACUGCGCUCCACUUCUCCACGGGUUUCCAGAAGAGCUAGAAGAAUACAAAGAUCUCUUUCGAAAGAUAGGAGUUCGUCAGAGCUUUUCUCGAUCUGAUUACUUGUCGGCGUUGAAACGAAUACACGAGGCCUUUUGCGGUCAACAGCUCGAUUCUGAGGUUUUGACCCUAGCUAAGAACCUUGCAUUGGAAGCUUCAAGGAGCGGUGAGGACGGACGAAACUUGGGCGAGAUUUUCUUGCCAGAUGCUGACAGCUUUAUGCGCCCUGCCAGUCAGCUGGUUUACGACGAUGCUCCCUGGCUUUCAUCCACGAUGAACGAUGUUCUCUUUGUACACCACGAGAUCGGCAACGAGGCUGCCCAGUCGCUUGGACUGAAGUCUGUUCGCAAACUGCUCAUCUCGGGCCAGUUAAACCUCAAGGACCUUCCAUGCCCCUCUCCCUCUAUGAUCGGAAGCACCUUGCGUGACUUUGAGAGCCACGGGCAAAUGCUCUCACAUCUUGUCGAUUUUGCUGACACCUUGGGAUCAAGAGAAGUCUGCUUCUUGUUCGAUUUCAGGACUCACAACUCACAAUCUCUGCUCCAACCGAACUUGUCUUCCUUGCAGGGCCCUUCGCUCAUCAUGUACAUCAAAGGAGUGAAGUUGGGAGCAGAACAAAUAUCUCGACUUCAAUGUCAGAACCAAGACCUUCAAGGCCUGCACAGGAGUGUGAAGAACGGGCCUGGGCUGAACGCGAUGUACCACUUUACAGAUGUCCCCUGUAUCGUGUCUGGGGAAGGUUUAUACUUCUUCGACCCUCAAGGAUGUUACUUCAUGGAUCAGGAUCAAAAGAAGGCAAGAGCUGUUGGUAAGGCGCACUUGUACGUUAACUCCGACUUGUCAAACAAGUUUGCCGAUCAGUUUGUUCCUUUUCAAGUUUUUGGGUUCAAUGCCGAACGAGAAUUUCAUGGAACCCUCUUUCGCAUGCCAAUAAGAUUAGCUUCCAAGGAUGCUGAUGUCGAAUUCUCUCUUGGUAGGCAAAUGGACCAACAAGAAUUUCAAGAGCUGUUGGACUCAAGCACAAACUGGUUGAAUCACGAAGCUCUCUUGUUCCUCGAACAUCUUGAAAGUAUUGAGGUGUUUUCAUGGAGCGAGAAAUCGGACAAGAUGGUUAGCGAGUUCAAGACGUGUAUUGACUUGUCAGUAUCUGCUUCUAUCCGAUUGUCACGAAGAGCUCUUUCGGCAAACAAAGAAUGGCAGAAAUUCAACUUGAUGAGUGUGUUUGGGUCAGUACCUGCCAUCAAGCACAUGUAUGAGCUGAAGAUCAACUCCCUGAACUAUCGUAAUGACGUCAGACAGCAGCAUCACUGGCUCAUCGCUGGCAUGAUAGGAUCACGCACUAGCCGCAAGAUGGCCCUUGAACAGAAGACCAAGAAACUCAUUCCUUGCGUAUCGGUUGCUGCUCUCCUCUCCUGUGACGGGUCGACGCUGCCGAAGCUUGAAGGGCAUCUGUUUGCAUACAGCAAAGUGAUGCGCACGGGCCUUCCGGUGCACAUCAACGGCUGGUUCGAACUCACGUCCAAUGCGUUUGCCCUGCUUCAGCAGGGCCUCAGCAAGGAGAAUCUUUCGAGCAUCGAGAGGUUCGAGCUGGAGUGGAAUCAAGAGCUCUUGGAGAGCUCGAGCGAUGCGUAUGUUGACCUUGUUUCUGCUCUGUGCCCGCGAUUCAAGGAUGUUCCCCUUCUCUUCUACUCCCUCUGGCCUCAGCUUUCUUCUAUUGAAAACCCUUUCAUCGACACUGUCCAUCGGCCAGUUUAUAGCAAACUUGGCCAACUCCCACUUUUCUUGCUCAGCUCAGGAAAUUUUGUGAAGUUGCAAGCCGGAGUCUUUCCUCCCGAAGCCUCCAACAGCAGCUUGCAGCGCCUGUGUGCGCUCAUGUUUCCUCUCUUCUCCUGUCCUCCUUUCAUCGGGUCGGAGAUUCGAAAUGCGGGGAUCCGAGACGUCAGUGAGAUCAGCCCUGACAAGGUGAGGGCCAGGCUCAAGGGCGACCCUCGUCUCUUCGACGCUCUUCUUGCAGGUUGCUCACGAUGCAGGCCCGCGCCUCCCACGACUGACAACAUCGACCUUGUCGCAGGUGUCGUGAAGCAGGAGAACAGCGACAACAUUGACAUUGCCAUCGACGUGCUUGAGUUUUGCCUGCAAGACCUCUCGAGCCAUGGCAGGAAAGAUUUCAGAUCUCUUCAUUCUGUUCGCCUCUUGCCAUUAGCCAACGGCACGAUUGUCAAUUUUCCCCACGACGCCCUUGUAGCUUCAGAGGAGGAGCAGAAUUUACUUCCCGGCUUGAAAAACUCAUUUGUACAUCACCGCUGUUCGUCGAGGUCUAGAAAGCUUCGGUUGAGGGGUUGGUUCAGUAACGAUGAAUUCCUUCAAUCGACGUCGCUCAAGCGAUUCACACCUGAACUUUUCAUUCGGAGACUUGACUCUGUGCUGCCAGCCAGCUGGAAGAGGUGCAGGCGUGUGAGCGGCUACAGCAGCGGAGGCGUCGGGCUUCCUCCUCCGGGGUGGCUCCACAACUUUUGGAAGUUUGUUGGGGUGCGGGGAAUUUAUCUCGUCGACGAGUGGCCUCUCAUCCCCUUGUGCGACGGCGACCUGGUGUCUUCAGAGUGCAUCAUGCAGGUCCUGAACCUGACCGAAGACCUGCCUGCUGAGAGCACUGAGUUGGCGGGUGAGGGACAAGAGUUGCGGAUUUUUGACUUCGGGAGCGAUCGCCUCGAAUUCGAUGCGGAGGGGACGGAGGUCUUCUCUGCUUUGCUGCCGAAGACAGAUCCUACUGCCUUUGCUCGCCAAGCGCUUGUUUCCUUGUCCUCGGUGAGCACCGUCUUUCAAUUUUUCGCCAACGCACAUCGAACGAAUAUGAUCAACACAUCAGAAAUACGUUCGCUUCGAAGUCUUCCCAUCUUCGAGACGAAGCAAGGCAACUUUGUAUCAAUCGAUGAAGGAGACUAUUUCCUCUGCCCCACCAACGUUCCUCUUCAUGUUGAAGACCAGAGGCUGCUGAAGUUGCAAGAGAAAAGAUUCUAUGAUGGCGUUGAAGAACUCGAUGAUGCGGCGCUCUUCGAAAUGUUUGUUCUCCCCAAAUUUCAGACUUUUGACAUUUCCCGGAGACAAGCUGCGCUGGAGCAGCUGCGCUGCCAUUGGCCUAAGGUCACCUCGAAGUAUGAGCAGCCGAACUUUUGUGAUCUCAACUCUCAGAUACAAAGGAGGACGAAUCUUGUCGACAAGCUGCGAGAGCUUGCCUUCGUGGAGGUUGGAGAGCACCUGUACCGUCCGAACGAGUUGUUCGACCCCAGCAACCGGUUGUUAUGGAGAAUCUUUUCUUCCGAGCCACUCUUUCCGCAAGGAGACAUGACAAGCGAUGAGUGGUUGUCCAUAUUGCGUCAGCUCGGACUCAAGACGUUCAUAGAUGCCGAAUUGUUUCUCAUUUGCGCGAGGAAAGUCACAUCUCGAUUUGCUACUUCGACUGCAGAUGACCAAGAGAAGAACUUUUGUGUUGAAACCUCAGAAAUGCUGAUGCGGCACCUGGUCAACAACUUCUCGUCCCUUCAGAAUUCGGCGUUCUGUACAGAGCUUGGAUCGAUACCUUUUGUGCCUGCUCUCUUGCCUCCUGUACUUGUAAACAACAAGCAUUGGACUCACGAAGUUCAGUUGUGCCGAUUUCAAGAGGUUUCGUUGGCUUCCGACAAGUUUAUGGUCUGGUCCGUCUCGCCCAUCCUUACAGGGGAUGUGAACCUCAACCAAAUGAUGUGCAAAGUCUUCAAAGUUGAGAGUCCUCCUCCACUCCCCCGCGUCCUCGAGCACCUCCAAGGGCUUCAGAGAGUCCCCGUGUCCCUCUGGCCAGUCGAGGAGGAGCUGACCGAGGGCUUUCACAAACUUUUGGGAUACUUGGGGAGAAGUUGGAAGGGCAUGACGGAGAAGCAAAGGAAGAGCCUUCAGACGAUCGAGCUUAUCCCCGUGGGCCCCACAGGCGAUGUCAAGCUCGUGCGGGCCUCCCGCCUCUUCUUCCGCUUGCAAGGAGACUAUGCACCCUUCAUGUUCGAGGUCCCCCGAAGCUUCGGAACUCACGAGCAUCUGUUGCGGUCACUGGGAUGCAAAGAGGAGCCUUCCACGGAUGACCUGGUGAACUUUCUCCACGAAGUCAGCAGCGAGAGCCGCAGAUUGCCGCUGAACCCCAACGAGCUGGCAGCUGUAGUGAAGGUGAUUGGAGCAGUUGCAGACUCCGGAGCAAACUUCCACGGCUCGCUGCCUGUUCCAGACGUCCACUGUGUCCUGAGAUCCAGCCAAGAUUGCUUCCACUGUCUGGACCGGGAGCUUCUGCUGACCAUCGACCGCAAUGUCGUACAACUUGUCCAUCCUUCACUCACGGCGUUCUGCUCUGUUCUCGGGAUCCGAGACCUCAGCAAGGCACUGAGUCACCAACUGCUGGAGGAGCCUUCGGUGAUGGAAUGCCCGGAGGCUGCAGCUCUUACAGCACGGCUGUCUUCUCGUGAAUUUGCAACGGCAUUGCUCUCGAUGUGCCACGAGGACGUGGGAGAGAACGAGGUCCAACGGAAGCUGGCAAGCUUGCAAGUGUGUUUCACUGAGACCCUCCGCUACUCUCUCUUCCUAGACGGCAGACAAGUGUCUAGCAGAAGUAGCAUUGAGGUGUUGGCCUCAGCUGUAGAUCAGUACAUCGGCAGCCAGCUGGGAAGGAAUCUGCUUCUCCUGUCCUACCUUCUAACAUUGGAGCCGGCGGACAUGUUGGAGGCGAUGGAAAAGAUGGGGAUGAAGGGAGAAGGCAGGGACUCGUUAAGAACGAGGGGCUCACCUGGGAGCAAACUUGUCCCCAUGGACCACGAGCUGCUCGUGCUCGAGCCGUGCCGCAGGUUCCGGGUAGGAGAGAUCAUCGCCUUCGAGCAGGAUAGCAACUUCCACUACGGAGUGAUAGGAGAGAACCAGCCCAGUACAGAUGAAGAGGAGGACAUGGACUGCGGCAUCCAACGCCUGCCCGUGCGUAUCGGCAUGAAUCAGACCAAGUGGAUGCUAUCGUCAGAUCUCUUCUCCUUCAAACCCACAACUCAACCGCAAGACUCUCCUCCCUCCCUCCCCAGCGACCACUCAGCCCCUGCCCCACAAGUCCCUCAGGUCACGAGGGAAGGAGGCCAGGGCAUCACGAGUUCCGAGGUUGUUUCAGCCGUUGAGAGCCUAUUGAAGAAGAUGGAGGUUCCGCUCUCGCUCGAUCAGAAGCAGCUCAUCCAGCACUCCGUCGAGCUGAAAAAGGAGCUGCACUCUGUCAAACGGAACUUCCAGUCCCUUCAGGGUACUGUUGAGGAGCUGGUGUCCAGGCAAGACAGGCUGAGGGAGCUAUGCUCGUGCCCCAUCACGCAGGAGCUCAUGAAAGAGCCUGUCCUCGCUUCCGACGGUCAUGUCUACGAGCGAAGCGCUAUUGAGCGAUGCAUGAGGGAGGGAAGGCCCUCCCCUCUCACCCGGCAAGAGCUGGAGCCUUUCCUUGCUCCCAGUCAUGCUCACAAGGUUCUCUGCCGCCUGCUGGAGAGGGACGGGUAA